AUUUUGCACAAAUAGAAGUGCUUUCUGUUAGUAAAAUAUUUCCAAACUAAGUAGGUAACUUUAAGUGGAAUUACAUUCCAGAGUAUAAGUGAUUGCCAAAAUGUCUGGAAGUUGUGGUCAAGAAAAAAUACGAUGGAUUACUACAAUAAUUCUGAGUUCAUCUCUCCAGGAUCAUGAAAUUUCAACAAUCUUGCAAAACCAGCAACACCGGGUUCGUUAUUCAGAUGCAGUGGAAAAUGGAUCUAUUAUUUUCUCACUUUCUGGUGUUGCAUUUUUGCUUGCCGAUACUCAAGAUUUGCUAUUGAUAAAUAGCAAAGUCAUUUUUGAAAGAAUAAAGAAGUUCAUGACCAUUCAUAGAAAUGGAUUUUUACUUUUAUCAGCUGCCCUUCACGGACCAAAAGAAUGGGAAAUGAUGUUCAGAAUUCAGCAAAGAUUUUUAGGCAGUAAUUUACGAAUACUUCCAAUCCAUAAUACUGCUGAAGGUGUUAAAUUAAUGUUGACCAUAGCAAAGGGUUGGAUUAAUUGAACUUUGCAACCUUGAAUGUGCCUCACUGCCUGUCUAUCCUAAAGAGAACUAUGGAGAAUCAAGUCGGAAACAUUUUUUUCAAAUUCCACUCUUGCUUGACAUUCACUUUUUUAAAAAUCUGACAGUUACUUUUGCUGCGGCUCUUAGUUCUGUUCCUCAGUUAUUUUCAUAACCCAUUACAAGUAGCCCUUUCUUAAUUGUUUAGCAACUGUUCAAAAUUACCCCCAAAAGGUACUUACAGCCCGAUUUCCAAGUUCCAAUGGCCACACGUUCCACUGCAAGUCACAUGAUCGCAUUUUGGACAUUUGGGAACCACUCACCUUUAUAGUCAUUUACAGCGUCCCAGGAUCACAUGAUCAUGAUUUCCUAUAUUUUUUGUCAAUUUCUGGCCUGUAUUUCUGGUUUCCAGCAAAAAAAUGCCCAUUGGAUAAAAUGGAUUGGCUUAAUAAACAUGGUUAACAAUCACCACCCCCCAAAAAUGGCCAUGGUUACAUGGUGAUCCAGUUGACGAUCGCACUGACUUAGAACUGUAAUGCCAAGCUUGAUUAUAUUGUAAAUUGAGAGAGAUACUUUUAUGUGACCUUUA